CCCGCUCCCGCCGCCGUCUCCACCGAGGGGGUUGCCAAGUCCGACACCCCGGUUACCGCUACCGUUGAACCCACCACUGCCGAAACCCCCGUCGCUGAGGCCCCUGCAGCAGCUGCCCCCUCCCCCCCGAAACCAAUGCUCAGAGAACGAGUAAAGUCAGUAAUGGCCUGGCGCAGGUCAUAAACAUGCCGAAUUUUUCCCCACUUUUCUCUAUCUCCACACGGCCUAAUCACAUAAUUUGCGAUGCGAAAGCUUUAUUGAUUGAUUUGGUUCCAAAUUGCAAGUAGCGCCCAUCUAAAGCGCGCAUCUACCAUUUCAUGAUCCACUUUUUUCAUUUUUUAAUUUCUUUUACACGACAAGAUUGAAACGAACAGAACGGACGAGAGGACGAUUCUUGUAUAGUAUGGUAUGGUAUUGUGUCUUUUGUUUACAUUUUUCUAUUUUCUCUCGUUGGAUAUCUAUCUAUUUUGCUUUCGGUUCCUCGCAUAGCAAUAUGAUGUAGAAGUGCAUCGCAUGGGGUUUUUCCUUUUCCUUUUUUUUUUCUACCUCCGUUUUUCUGUUAGCUUGGUAGCAUUCGUUUGGGGGAGUUUUUUCAUGAUUCUCUUUUUAUUUUAUUUUCUCAUUCUCCUCUUUCAAGUAUGGAUGGAUGAUAUGGAUUUAUGCAUGGAUUUGAGCCGUUAUCAUAGCGAGUUUGGCGGAGGAGGUUUUUCUUUUCUUUUUCCAUUCGUUACAGGGUUUUUACAUCACAUCAAUGAAUGAUCGUAUGAAGAUUAUUGGGUCAUUUAUGGUCACUCGUGAGAAGUAGUUCCGACCGCCGCUUUGUGGGGCGAUCAAAAGUGCUUUGGGGGGCAUUGGGAUAGUGAAUGAAUGGACUGUUUUAUCGUCAAGUCGGUAUGAACUGGUGUGAUGAUUGGAUUGGAUUGGAUCCAGACCGGGCUUCUAUCAUCAUUAUUCAUUAUUGUGCUAGUUCCAAUGUCUGUGCUGCGGGGCUCGUGGGGGAACUGGGCUGUUACGCUCGGAAUAUCAACCCCGAUGAUCGAUGGACGAGCGCGAGGCGACGAGUAACUUGACCUAAUCAACUGUAACAUGAAAAAAAGAACACCGCAAAGGCGCACACGUCCACAUGAUAUACUGCAGAAACCGGAAAACCAACCCCCUACGCACGCGGGGCGAAGAAUUCCCCUCGUAUCAUACUAAAAAAAAAAAAAGAAGCCUACCGCUUGGACAUGAGUUUUUGUGAUGACGAGAACUCGCUCGUUCAGAGGACUGCUAGUCCUUCCUCAGGCCGUUAGAUUCAGGGAGGGGGGGGGGGGAGGUGUCGGGGAAGAAGAAGAAAUUCCACUUCAAAGUUUAGCAGAGAAGGCGUUCAUAACGACUCACUCGUGGACCCUGCAGGUAAUGUACCCAUACAGCACUCGUACCCUUCCUGCAUAACCUGCUUGCACGGAGACUGUGUCUUUGUGUCUUUAUGUGUGUGUGUGGGCGGGGGAAGGGGGCUGGUUCAGGUUUUUUUAUUAUUUUACUUUUUGUGUGUGUGUGCACCGGGGAUAAGUAUGUCUUACCCGUAGACUACCGUUCUGUUCGUUCACCCAUUCAUUCAUUCAUCUUUCAUACUUGUGUGAUACUCCUAUAACACACUAAAUUCCAUACCGUAUCUCUUCUCCCCCUCUCGCUUCUCCAGCUGCGUUGAUCGAUUUCGACCACUUGGGAACGACCGUAGCCUACAUACCGGCCACGAUGUGAUAAGUUAUCGGCGAAUGCUCUGCGUCGUCUUUUCCUAGGAUGGUCUGCAACAAAUGCGGGGGAGGAGGGUUGUAGUCUACCGGUAUGAUAUGAUGGAUGCGUAGCGAAUCAGUCGGUGUCUGUCACGGUGGGUUAAUCGAUUCAAUUUAUCGGUCGGUCGUUCGGUCGGUUGGCUGGAUUUGUCCGUGCGAGUAUCAUGCUCAUAGGCUAUCGGGCAAGUGCCGGUGUUGGGGAGACUAGACUACCGGAGACCGUCUCCCUCGACCAAGUUAAUUCCGUAAUCAAGAUUUCGGGCGUGAUCACUAUUUCUUGACGGUUGGUUGGGAGGGUGAUAGGUAAAUUACUGUGCUCGAGUAUUGCACGGUAGACUAUCUAUUAGGUUAGGUUAAAUUUGUAUCGCAUCGCGGCGGGGGUUGUGUCGAUGGAUCUAGAGUGGACUUGACUUGGACCAUCUCACGGUUUUCAUCGUGGUAUACGCACCUGCGACUUUGAGGCUUUGGGCGAGGAGUGAUAUGAUAGAUAGGAUGGUUUUCAUGUUCUUG